AUGGCUAUCCCAAUCAUGGACUUGAACCGUGAAGAGGCAGAUGACAUGUUCUCACUGGAAGCUGCCAAAGAAGCACGCUUGCGAGCUUCAAGCGCGACUCAAGUAAGCUGCAUCUGCUGCCACCAUGUCAAUGCUGACAUUACCAAAGCCUCCUACAACGACCACAACACCUUUGCUACAGGCUCCGAUUCUUCUCGUUUCCAUUCUGCACCACCAGCAAGCCAUGAACCUCUCGAUGACGAGGCUUAUACCAGCUUAAGAGAAAAGGUUCGAUCUGUCGAAAGGGCUGCCUUUGUGAGGUCCGGGUACGGGCCUUGGUGGGAAGAGCAUCGGUUGAGGCUUCGAACGCGCAGGCCACAGCAACUUCGAGUUCCAGUCCUACGCUCACCAUUCCUACGUCCACUUCGUACUCCACUAGUUCGUCAACGACUCAAAACUCAAUAUCAACCGCCGAACGCAUGA